AUAUUGAAAAAAUUAGCGCUGAGCUGGCCGAUUUUCAGUUACGUUGUCGAAAGCUUCCAAAAGGUAUGCAAUCUUGGCCUGCGUACAUUGACUUAAAGACAAAAAUAGAUGAUUUUAAUGAGACAUGCCCAUUACUUGAAUUAAUGACGAACAAAGCAAUGAAGGAACGUCACUGGGUGCGAUUAAAUGCACUUUUCAAGACUAACUUUGACCCAACCGAUCCAAAGUUCACACUUGGGAAACUACUUGAUGCACCGAUUUUGAAAUAUAAAGAAGAUGUUGAAGAUAUUUGUGUCGGGGCUGGCAAAGAAUUAGAUAUAGAAGCAAAAUUAAAACAAAUAAUUGCUGAUUGGGCCUUGUUAAAUUUACAAUUGGGACAGUUUAGAAAUCGAGGAGAACUUGUUCUAAAAGGCACUGAAACAUUGUCACUUAUAGCCUCAAUAGAGGAUAGCUUAAUGAUAAUGAACUCGCUAAGCUCCAAUAGAUAUAAUGCUCCAUUUAAAAAGGAAAUACAACUGUGGCUUUGGAAACUUGUAAGCACUGGUGACAUUCUGGAAAAAUGGCUAAUGGUUCAAAAUCUAUGGAUAUACUUGGAAGCCGUUUUUGUGGGUGGUGAUAUAUCAAAGCAACUACCUAUGGAAGCAAAACGUUUCGUAAAUAUUGACAAAAGCUAUGUUAAGAUAAUGAUGCGAGCUCGAGAAAUACCAAAUGCAGUAGAGUGCUGCACUGGAGACGAAUCAUUAGCUACAAACUUAAAUUGGUUAUUUGAUCAGUUAGAAACUUGCCAAAAAAGUUUAACAGGAUAUUUAGAAUCAAAACGCCUGUUAUUCCCACGAUUCUUUUUUGUGUCAGAUCCUGUUCUUUUGGAAAUAUUGGGACAAGCGUCCGAUCCUACGUCAAUACAACCUCAUCUUUUAAGUAUAUUUGAUGCUAUUGCUACAGUUGACUUCCAGGAAAAGGCAAGUGAUAUAAUUGAUGGCAUGAACUCGUCAAAUCACGAAAAGGUUAAAUUUGAAAAUACGGUGCAGUGUGUCGGGAGCGUAGAGCUUUGGCUAGGCCGUUUGCUUAAAGAAAUGCAAGAUACUAUGAGAACAAUUCUUGCCGGAAUGGCAAUUAGUCUGAAUGAUCCGGAAUUUAAUUUUGCUGAGGAAUUUCCUUCAUUUUGUGGACAGGCGGGUGUUGUAGGAGUACAGUUACUAUGGACAAAGGAUUCGGAGUACGCUUUACGGAAAUGUCGAUCCGACAAGACUAUUAUGAAACGCACCAACAAUAAAUUUUUGGUGUUACUUAACUUUUUCAUCGACUUAACUGUAAGAGAUCUAACCUCACUUGAUCGGAUACGUUUUGAGACUAUGGUCACAAUUCAUGUACAUCAGCGCGAUAUUUUUGAUGAGUUGUGUACACAACGCAUUAAAUCGGCAGGUGACUUUGAGUGGCAAAAGCAAGCCCGAUUUUAUUUCAACGAAGACAACGAUGACGUUAUUGUGGGUAUUACGGAUGUAAAUUUUAUUUAUCAAAAUGAAUAUUUGGGCGUUACUGAACGUCUGGCCAUUACUCCAUUGACUGAUCGUUGCUAUAUUACUCUUGCGCAGGCUGUAGGCAUGUGCAUGGGUGGAGCACCAGCGGGUCCCGCUGGCACAGGCAAAACUGAAACUACGAAAGAUAUGGGUCGUGCCUUAGGUAAAUUAGUUGUCGUUUUUAAUUGCUCUGAUCAGAUGGAUUUUCGUGGCUUGGGUCGAAUUUACAAAGGACUUGCGCAGUCUGGUUCAUGGGGAUGCUUUGACGAAUUCAACCGCAUUGAGUUACCUGUAUUGUCAGUGGCGGCGCAACAAAUUUAUAUUGUUCUGACGGCCCGUAAGGAAAAACGGUCUUCGUUUAUAUUCCUAGAUGGUGAUGACGUCACACUUAAUCCCGAAUUUGGAAUAUUUAUUACUAUGAAUCCUGGUUAUGCUGGUCGCCAAGAACUACCUGAGAAUCUUAAGAUUAUGUUUCGAACGGUGGCUAUGAUGGUACCCGAUCGACAGAUCAUAAUAAGAGUUAAAAUGGCAAGUUGUGGUUUUAAAGAAAAUGUUCUACUUUCUCGAAAAAUGUUCACACUAUAUAAAUUAUGCGAGGAACAAUUAUCGAAACAGGUGCAUUACGACUUCGGCCUACGCAAUAUACUUUCGGUUCUAAGAACUCUUGGUUCGCAAAAGAGGUCCAACCCAACUGAUACAGAGGAAACAAUAGUAAUGCGUGUUUUACGUGAUAUGAAUGUUUCAAAACUUAUUGACGAAGACGAAGGACUCUUCGUAUCGCUUGUUGAUGAUAUGUUUCCAGGAAUAAAGUUAACAACGAAUGUUUACAAGGAUCUACAACGGGCUAUUGUUAAAGUUUGUGAUGAAUCAGGUUAUGUCAAUAAUCCAGAGUGGAAUUUGAAGGUUGUACAACUUUAUGAAACUUCUCUUGUGCGUCAUGGACUUAUGCUCAUGGGCCCAACAGGAUCUGGAAAAACUAGUUGCACACUCUGCAUGCUUCGUUGCUUUACAAAAAUGGGCCGAGCACAUAAAGAAAUGAGAAUGAACCCUAAGGCUAUUACAGCUCCACAAAUGUUUGGACGUUUGGAUGUAGCGACUAAUGACUGGACAGAUGGAAUCUUUUCCACACUAUGGCGACGUUCAUUAAAAAUUCCGCAUCAUCAAAACUGUUGGAUUGUGCUAGAUGGUCCAGUUGAUGCCGUGUGGAUAGAAAACUUGAAUUCAGUGCUGGAUGAUAACAAGACACUAACUUUAGCGAAUGGAGACCGCAUAAAAAUGGCUGAUAAUUCUAAACUAGUAUUUGAACCAGAUAACGUUGACAACGCAUCACCAGCAACCGUCAGUCGUGUUGGCAUGGUGUUUACAAGUUCUUCUGUUUUAAGUUGGAAAGUUUAUAUGGAGGCCUGGUUGAUGACUCAUAGCGAUGAUCAAGAAAUUUAUAGACGAUGUUAUGAUGCAAUAUAUGAUGAUGCGCAUACCUUCUUGCAGACUAGGCUUGUAGCGAAAAUGCGCAUACUAGAAGCUAUUUAUAUUCGACAAAUGUUAGACAUUAUGGAUGGACUUUUGAUUGAAAUAUCUUCUCGCAGUGAAAAAGCUCUUGAACGCAUGUUUUUAUUUGCAAUGAUGUGGUCGCUUGGAGCAGUUUUAGAACUAUCUGAACGUGAAAAGUUUGAAGAAUAUCUUUUAAAACAUCCUUCAAAAUUACUUUGGCCAAAACGGGGGUUGACUGAAACAAUUUUUGAAUACUAUGUAGAUGACAACGGAAGUUGGCAACACUGGAACUCGCGUGUUGAUGUAUUUAAUUUUCCAGAGGAUGAGAUUCCAGAAUUCGCUUCAAUUUUAGUACCCAACGUGGACAAUGUACGCACAGCUUUUCUCAUACAUAACAGUUCAAUGCAGCUCAAACAAGUACUGCUUAUUGGAGAACAGGGAACUGCCAAAACUGUAAUGAUAACUGCUUACAUGGGCCGUUACGACCCCGAGGAGCAUCUAUCCAAAUCUAUUAAUUUCUCGUCUGCAACUUCACCAAAUAUGUUCCAAUUCACUCCUCUGUAGAGAACCAGCAUGGUACCGUCAAUGAAGGCAUCCAAUCAACGUCAAGGAA